CGGUAAAACUGACAGCAAGUGAUAUUUUACACCAGCUUUAGUAAAAAAAGGAAGGAACUAAGAUCAACAGAUUAUCUACCACUUUGAACCACUGAAGUCACUUUUAACACAGAAAACUGCACAGCAACAUGUCAUGACUAACAAAAGUGUAUGUGAGAUCCUACAACGUAAAAUCAUGAACUUCAGACUCUCGUCACUCAUUCUGCUGUUACACAUUCAAGGGUCCCUGACAUUGGACAGCUUUUCUGUAACCUGUACUAAAAAGAACAUUUGUGCUGUAAGGGGAGCAGAGGUGACAUGGUCGUGCUAUUACACAAACAUCAAAACUGUGUUCUGGUUUAACAAGAAACAAAGUAAAAACUGGAGAGAAAAGAAUGAACCUGAAGAUUUGAGGUUAGAUUCAAACUACUCAGGACGAGUGAAACAGAGUUUAUAUUACUACCAAUCAGAACUCACAAUAACAGAUGUGAGAGAGAGAGACUCUGGAGAAUAUCAGCUCAUGUUCAUUAUGAAGGAUGGAGUUAAACACAUCAGCUCAGUCACAGUCAAUCUAACAGUCACAGUUUUACAGGUGAAGAUGAUUCCUCAAUCUACAGGGCAGCAAGUAGAACUGAUCUGUGAUUCUUCCUGCGAGCUGAAAUCUCGAUCUAAUUACGACUGGUACAAGAAUGGACAUAGAUUCAACAAUAACAAUAACACAUCAAAAAACAUAUUAGUGUCAUCCAGAGGAAACGCUGACAGCUAUUCCUGCUCUGAGUAUGGUGGACACAACCCCUCCACUUCUGUGUGUGUGUCUAACAGCAGCUGUUGGGAUGUGACUUACACAUCUAGAAGAGUUUGUGCUUUAGUGGGAUCAACAGUAGAUAUUCACUCUUCAUAUUCACAUCCCACUGGAUAUACAGUAGUGAACACAUUCUGGCAUUAUUCAAAUUUUGACUUGGAUCUGCGUGAGGAGCAGCAGUUUGAUGGUCGUGUGGAGUAUGAAGAAAACACACUGAGAAUCAAAGACGUCAAGACGAGCGACUCUGGAGAAUAUCGAUUCAGAAUCAUCACUAACACAUCAGGAGGCAAAUGAUCUGGUUCCCCUGGAGUCAUUCUUACUGUUACAGAUUCACAGGUGACAAGCAGUCCAGACCCUGUGGUAGAUGGAGAAAAUGUGAUAUUACACUGUUCAACCAAAUGCACUCUGGAUAACAAACACACAUACAUCUGGUAUAAGAAUGGAACACAGGUAACAGAUGGAUUCACAUUAUUAAACAAGCUGUACCUGAACUCAGCCAGCAGAGAGGAGAUACAACGGUAUUCAUGUGCUGUCACAGCACUUAAAGAAACGAUGGACAGCUCAGCAUUUGUCCAAUACACAGUCUGUCUGCUGGUGUUCCUGCCUCAGUUUCUUAUUAUAGGAGCUCUGUGGAUGUGGUUUUUCAUCAGCAUGAAAAAAACAACAUCUAAAAACAGAUCUGAUGUCAAAAAUGAACAGAUUCCAGCACUUCACAUGUCUUCUGUGUAGAUAAGCUGUCUGUCCAUCAGAAGUGCUGCAGUGAUCUCAUUGUGUGCAGAACUCAUGGUGAUGACGUCAUCACUUAGCGACAGCUUUCAGCAGCAACAUCCCUGAUGCAAUGAUAAUAAAUGAUUUCUCAGUGUACAUCUCAAUUCUCAAAUAGAAUUAAUCAUAGAAGUCUUCAUUCAAGUCUUGCGUCAGUACUGGAUAAACAGAAACAUCUGUCAAAAAGUCUUUAUGUUGCAAUGUCUGAUCAAAACACAAAAUUGAGGUUUAUCUUUCUGAAGGUUUGAUUUCCUCAUGCUACUAUAAAUGUACAGUAAGAGGACAUAUAUACAUUUUUAAUAAAGCUUUAUUUUUCACUAUAUUUGGAUGUCUGGCCUAAUAUGAGAUCAUGAAUUUUUUGUUGCAAAUAUAGGCUAUUGCUUAUUAAGUUCAUGCCUCUAUGAAAAUUUGACAUACUGUAUGUCUGAAGAACAUGUAAUGAGAACGGAGCCAGGCAAAGAAUUGAAAUAUACGAAUAUUUGGAUUUAACUAAAACGGAUUAAUAGUCCAUGUUGACUUACAGUACAUGUUCUUAUUUCUUAUUUAAAUAAGACUAAACUUCAUGUUGAGUUACAUGUCCAAGAUGUUUGCUUAAUUGUUAUGUGUAUUACCUGAUUUUUGGCUGAUUUUCGAAUUAAAUUUACUCAUUAUCUUA